AUUAACCGUACACAUUGUUUGUUUACUACACGUCUUCUUGCUUAAUGACGAGUUUCCAUUAAAAGCGUAUGUUGGCUGUCUUCUUAUCUGAGAUUUCUGACCUAUGUGGAAGCUUUAAGUUAUUUUUUUAGCUAUUGAAAACAGUUAUAUUUUUGAAUUCCCCGCCGGAAGCACCGGGCAGCUGUUUGUACGUUAAAUGUUUGUAAUAUCAGACCAGUGAUGGAGGAGAAACGUGAGGACACCGUUCCAGGAGAAGUGUCUGUAAAAGACGAAGAGGUGGAAAAAGAGGACCUGACAGAGGUGGAAGGCCCUUACAUGGAAGAAGAGGAGGAUGAGGAGGCUCUUCCUCACUCCGAGAUCCUGGAUAUUUUCGAGGAAGGACUUGCUCGACUUGUGCAGGAUCCUUUGCUUUGUGAUCUGCCAAUCCAGGUGACUCUGGAGGAGGUGAACUCUCAGAUUGCGUUGGAGUAUGGACAGGCCAUGACUGUGAGGGUUCUGAAGGCAGAUGGUGAAGUAAUGCCCAUCGUGGUCGUGCAGAAUGCCACAGUCUUGGACCUGAAGAAGGCCAUUCGCAGAUUCAUGGAGCUGAAACAACAACGUGAAGGCGGAGUGAAACAUGUCGGCUGGAGGUAUGUGUGGAGAACGUAUAGUUUAGUAUUUCAGGGGGAAAAGGUGGAAGAUGACAAGAUGAGGCUGAAAGACUACGGCAUUAGGAACAGAGAUGAGGUGACGUUCAUGAAGAGACUCCGGAAAAAGUGAAGUCACAGCUGACAUAUUCAGUGGGGAAAUAAACCAGCUCUUACAGGCAUGAAAUAACUCUAAAGAUGUCUAUGAACCAGAUUUAUUACUCCACAAACUGAGCAGCAUCUCAAAGAGGGUGCAUGUAUAUACUGUAAAAUAUGUAGAGGUUUGUAACCUCUUGUUUGAAUGCAUCAGUGUAGUGAUUGUAUAUAACUUUCUGCAAAUAUUAAAACUUUACAUUUUUUUAAUGA